AUGGCGCAGAAAGAUCAACUGGACCAAGAAACUUUCUCUUGUUCGAUCUGUCUGGAUCUACUGAAGGAUCCAGUGACUAUUUCCUGUGGACACAGCUACUGUAUGAGUUGUAUUAAAGGAUUCUGGGAUGAAGAAGAUCAGAAGAAUAACUACAGCUGCCCUCAGUGCAGACAGACCUUCACACCGAGGCCUGUCCUGGGGAAAAACACCAUGUUAGCAGCUUUAGUGGAGCAGCUGAAGAAGACUGGACUCCAAGCUGCUCCUGCUGAUCACUGCUAUGCUGGACCUGAAGAUGUGGCCUGUGAUGUCUGCACUGGGAGGAAGCUGAAAGCCCUCAAGUCCUGUCUGACAUGUUCAGCCUCUUAUUGUGAGAAUCACCUCCAGCCUCACUUUGAAUCAACCAAAUUAAAGAAACACAAGCUGGUGGAGCCCUCGGAGAAGCUCCAGGAGAACAUCUGCUCUCGUCAUGGUGAGGUGAUGAAGAUGUUCUGCCGUACUGAUCAGCAGAUUAUCUGUUAUCUUUGCUCUGUGGAUGAACAUAAAGGCCACGACACAGUCUCAGCUGCAGCAGAAAUAACUGAGAGGCAGAGAGAGCUCGAGGUGAGUCGACUAAACAUCCAGCAGAGAAUCCAGCACAGAGAGAAAGAUGUGAAGCUGCUUCAACAGCAGGUGGAGGCCGUCAGUCUCUCUGCUGAUAAAGCAGUGGAGGACAGUGAGGAGAUCUUCACUGAGCUGAUCCGUCUCCUCCAGAAAAGAAGGUCUGAUGUGAAGCAGCAGAUCAGAUCCCAGCAGGAAACUGAAGUGAGUCGAGUCAAAGAGCUUCAGGAGAAGCUGCAACAGGAGAUCACUGAGCUGAAGAGGAAAGACGCUGAACUGAAGCAGCUCUCAUACACAGAGGAUCACAACCAGUUUCUACACAACUACCCCUCAGUGUCACAACUCAGAGAACCUACAGACUCAUCCAGCAUCAAUAUCCGUCCUCUGAGAUACUUUGAGGAUGUGACAGCAGCUGUGUCAAAGCUCAGAGAUAAACUACAGGACAUCCUGAGGGAGGAAUGGACAAACAUCUCACUGACAGUGACUGAAGUGGACGUUUUACUGUCACAACCAGAACCAGAGCCAGAACCAGAACUAGAACCCAAAACCAGAGCUGAGUUCUUAAAAUAUUCAUGUGAAAUCACUCUGGAUCCGAAUACAGCACAUAGACAGCUGUUAUUAUCUGAUUGGAACAGAAAAGCAGAACGAAUGGAUCAACCACUUUAUUAUCCUCGUCACCCAGACAGAUUCACAAAAUAUUAUCAGGUCCUGAGUAGAGAGAGUCUGACUGGACGUUGUUACUGGGAGGUGAAGUGGAGAGGAGAAGGAGCAGCAGCUGGUGUAGCAGUCGCAUACGAUGAUAUCAGCAGAACAGGCCAUGAAUCGGGAUUUGGACGUAAUGACAAAUCUUGGUCUUUAGUUUGUGAUACUGACGGUCCUAUAUUUUUAUUAAACGAGAUCGAAAUUCCCAUCUUACAUUAUGUUUCCUCCAGAGUCGGAGUGUACCUGGAUCACAGAGCAGGUAUUCUGUCCUUCUACAGCGUCACUGGAACCCUGACUCUCCUCCACAGAGUCCAGACCACAUUCACUCAGCCUCUCUAUGCUGGACUUUGGGUUGGUAAUGAAUCCACAGCUGAUCCUCCGUCCCACAACAUCAAACCUGAUGCCUUGUCUCACCAGAUCCAAGGGGAAGCGGAUUCCGGCACCGGGCCCGACUCCCUCCUCCUUGUUCCCUGUGUGGUCACCACCUUGACCUGGGUAAUUGAGUAUGGGCCCAUGCCUCCAAGUUCACCCGCCACCUGGGGAUCUACAGAACCCAUGAUGUCCUCUUCCAGCGGUUCUGGUGGGCCACCCUUGAACCACAACCAGCACAAGCUGUCACGCCAGGCUCCUGCCGGCUUCCUGCAACCCCUCCUUGUGUCGCUUUACCCUGGGUCCCAUAUCUCUCUGGACUUCAUCACAAUCCUUCCCCCAUCUGAUGGCAACAGGACCAUCCUCACCGUUGUUGACUGUUUCAGCAAGAUGGUCCACUUUGUGCCCCUUCACAAACUCCCCUCAGCCAAAGAGACUACCAGGUUGGUUCUCCUCAACAUCUUCCGGCUCCAUGGCCAGAUCAAGGACCCCAGAUCAAGGACCCCAGAUCAAGGACCCCAGAUCAAGGACCCAAGAUCAAGGACCCCAGAUCAAGGAUCCCAGAUCAUGGCCGUUUUCUGCAAGGAGUUCUGCAGUCAGUUCAGCUGGUGUGGGAGGGGCCUCCAGUACCUAGUCGACUGGGAAGGGUACGGUCCCGAUGAGAGAUCCUGGUUCCCUGCUCGGCACAUCUUGGACUCCCGCCUCAUCAAUGAAUUCUAUCUGCGGCACCCUGACCAGCCCACUAGGACCUCUGUGGACCUGCAUUCCUUCAUACCUGCCAUAAUAUACAACAAAGCUGAAAUGGCGCAGAAAGAUCAACUGGACCAAGAAACUUUCUCUUGUUCGAUCUGUCUGGAUCUACUGAAGGAUCCGGUGACUAUUUCCUGUGGACACAGCUACUGUAUGAGCUGUAUUCAAGGAUUCUGGGAUGAAGAAGAUCAGAAGCAUAACUACAGCUGCCCUCAGUGCAGAGAGGCCUUCACACCGAGGCCUGUCCUGAAGAAAAACACCAUGUUAGCAGCUUUAGUGGAGCAGCUGAAGAAGACUGGACUCCAAGCUGCUCCUGCUGAUCACUGCUAUGCUGGACCUGAAGAUGUGGCCUGUGAUGUCUGCACUGGGAGGAAGCUGAAAGCCUUCAAGUCCUGUCUGACAUGUUCAGCCUCUUACUGUGAGAAUCACCUCCAGCCUCACUUUGAAUCAACCAAAUUAAAGAAACACAAGCUGGUGGAGCCCUCGGAGAAGCUCCAGGAGAACAUCUGCUCUCGUCAUGAUGAGGUGAUGAAGAUGUUCUGUCGUACUGAUCAGCAGAUUAUCUGUUAUCUCUGCUCUGUGGAUGAACAUAAAGGCCACGACACAGUCUCAGCUGCAGCAGAAAUAACUGAGAGGCAGAGAGAGCUCGAGGUGAGUCGACUAAACAUCCAGCAGAAAAUCCAGGACAGAGAGAAAGAUGUGAAGCUGCUUCAACAGGAGGUGGAGGCCGUCAGUCGCUCUGCUGAUAAAGCAGUGGAGGACAGUGAGGAGAUCUUCACUCAGCUGAUCCGUCUCCUCCAGAAAAGAAGCUCUGAUGUGAAGCAGCAGAUCAGAUCCCAGCAGGAAACUGAAGUGAGUCGAGUCAAAGAGCUUCAGGAGAAGCUGCAGCAGGAGAUCACUGAGCUGAAGAGGAAAGACGCUGAACUGAAGCAGCUCUCACACACAGAGGAUCACAUCCAGUUUCUACACAACUACCCCUCAGUGUCACAACUCAGAGAACCUACAGACUCAUCCAGCAUCAAUAUCCGUCCUCUGAGAUACUUUGAGGAUGUGACAGCAGCUGUGUCAGAGCUCAGAGAUAAACUACAGGACAUCCUGAGGGACGAAUGGACAAACAUCUCACUGGCAAGGACUGAAGUGGAUGUUCCAAUGCCAGAACCAGAACCAGAACCAGAGCCAGAGCCCGAACCAGAACCAGAACCAGAACCAGAACCAGAACCGGAGCCAGAAUCAGAAUCAGAACCAGAACCAGAGCCAGAACCAGAGCCCAAAACCAGGGCUGAGUUCUUAAAAUAUUCAUGUGAAAUCACUCUGGAUCCAAACACAGCAAACACAGAGUUGUCAUUAUCUGAUGGGAACAGAAAAGUAGAACAAAUGGACCAACGACAGUCUUAUCCUCGUCACAGACACAGAUUCACUAAAUAUUGUCAGGUCCUGAGUAGAGAGAGUCUGACUGGACGUUGUUACUGGGAGGUGAAGUGGAGAGGAGAACAAGCUGAGGUAGCAGUCGCCUACAAGAAUAUCAGAAAAAGAGGAGAUGAAUCUGGAUUUGGACAAAAUGACAAAUCUUGGUCUUUAGUUUGUGACACUGACAGUUAUACAUUUUGGUUCAACAACAUCCAAACUCCCAUCUCAGGUCCUCGUUCCUCCAGAGUCGGAGUGUACCUGGAUCACAGAGCAGGUAUUCUGUCCUUCUACAGCGUCACUGGAACCAUGACUCUCCUCCAAAGAGUCCAGACCACAUUCACUCAGCCUCUCUAUGCUGGACUUUCUGUUUAUGAUGGAGACACAGCUGAGUUGUGUAAACUAAAAUAGACAGAAGUCAUUUCAGACUUCAUGUGCCAGAUGUUG